AUGCGAAACUCGGGGGCGGUGCUGUCCCGUGGAGGGAGGAGAGGGGGAGGAGGGAGGAGGACGGGGGAGAGGCUCGGGGGUGGAGAGGUCCGCGCGUCUGCUGCUUCUGCUUUGUGCGCCACACGGACACUAGACGCGCUCCGAGUGCGCACCGAGGACUCACUAUACUUCUCCAGCGCGUGUUCAUCCAAGGACGCUAAACCCAGAGACGAUUUAGACUUUUUCUUUUUUUGUUGUUACGCCUGUGUGAGACUUGAGGAAGUUGGGUCUGGGCUGGAACUUGGCAGAGGAUCAUCAGUAAAAGCAAGAAUAUCCUGA